AUGGUGGCCAAUAUUCGAUAUCCUUGGAAGUGUGGUCACCAUUGGUGGACGGCGGCGAUCCUUCGAAUUCGGCACUUGUGGUCCGACGAUGGACCUGCUGGCGACUGUUUUUGGUGGAUGGACGCAUUGUUUCUCUUCGGAGGGAUUCGAGGAGGCGUCACGGCGAGUUGGGCUCACGAACGCAAAAUCUUUACCGUUUGUCAGACUCUGUUCACCGUCAACGUGUUUGUAUUCUCUCUACAGUUCUAUACAGCGUUGACGGGCGACAACGAAGAUGUAUCUCUGGUCAUUUUGGAAACCACCAAAAUCACGUGCAUUAUUAUUUCUUGCUUAAGAAUGAUAGCAGCAGGAAUUUUCAUCGAACCGAUUGCGACCUUACGACAGUACAUCACUAGUACCUACCGUCAUUCCAAGGACCGGGCUUAUGAAGAACGUGAACAAAUCAAAUUCAACCGUGCCGCCCGUAAAUUCCUGCAAAUUAUUUUCAGCUGGAUUGUUAUAGAUACGAUUGUGUUCACGUUUCCCAACGCUACCAAAAACGAGCUGUUCAAGUUUCCGCUCCAGCUCAGUUGGAUUGGAAACAAGACGACGAAUUUGUACAUCUACCUGGUCGUUGGUUCAAUACCGGGAUCGAUUCUUCCGAAAACCAUCGGUUGUACCGUAUGUCUCGCGGUAAUCCUGAUGGGGAUGCGAACGAAACUGCGGUUCUUGGCCCAUCGCUUCCAGCAGAUUUCACAGCAACUUGAUUUGAACGACGACCAGUAUUUUACUUGGGUUCAACGGGAGGUUCGAGAAGCUCUGGUUCAGUAUCUGGAGUAUUGGAGUUACUUGAAAAUUUUGGAAAAUCUCGUUGGAAAAGUGUUUCUGCUGGUGCACUACUUCUCCAUAUUCGCCAUCGCGGCACUGAUCUACGCCUGUUUCGGAAUGGGAAUGAACUUUAUGACGUUUAUAUUUGGAGCAGCCGUAACAUUCUUUCUGUUUGAGUACUUUUUCCUAUGUUAUCUGGUAGAUUCGUUUCGGGAUGAAGCGGACACUAUCGGACAACACAUCUUUGAGAUUUGUGCUCGGAUACCGUUUCGAGCGGAACGUCGCUCCGAGUAUAUACAAUUGCGGACCACCUUGAUGAUCAUCUGGAUCAACACUCGCAACGGGAUUCAUAUGGAUUGCGUUGGGCUGUUUGAAAUUAACACACCCAAAUUUCUCGCUCUGCUCAAUAUUGCCUACUCGGUGCUAACAUUUUUGACUCAAAUGGGUUGAUUUGGUAGAUCUAGUUAUUUUCUGGCAUACAAAGAUAACAAUUAUGGUGUACCUUGAUCUCUGUUUAUAAAAAGGUUUUGAAGAACACACCUUUUCCAAGCAACACACUUGGACAUUAAUAAGUUCCUGUAAUUUGUAUGCAACUAUAUUGAAAGUUAUGCCAUUUGAACCAAUCGUCUUAUUAACGACUAAAUUGAAACCAAAAAAGCGCAAGAGGUGGAGCCAAUAUAAAACAAAAAACAACCAUUCGUGAUAUAAACGAAUUAUAACCAAGAUACAACUUUUAGUCGACUUAAAAAAUGGUGACCGAUUCGACAACUAGUCAGCUAGUCACCACAUUCGUCACUGCUAGUUAUUAUGCAUCAACAGUUUCGUUCAUGUGAUUAAUAAAAUGUGUGCAUAAAUAUACCGCAAAUAAGGCUGACCGAGAACGUCAAUUUGUGUGCCGUUCCAGAUUUAUCGGUAAGUUACGCAUUUUAGCUCCGUAUUCUUAACGCGCCUCAGUCUACCUAUCAUUUUGCGAGUGAAAAUUUAGGCAUUUGUGGUAAAAAUUAACUCGCCAUAUUGCUUUGGCGGAGUGCAUUUCAGCAGCUUAUUUAAUGCACCCAUAAAAUGCUGAAAAUUAAUUUUAGAAUUUAGAAAGAUACUAUUUACUGAAUCAUGUCUAUGGGAAUCCGUAUUGACAAAGUACAACAAUACUGCACGUGGUACAGGGAACCGCCAAACUUCCAAAAAUUGAAUUCUUUUGG